AUGAGAAAUAGCAGUGGGGGUAGCAUUAGCAAUAGCAGUGGUCUUAGCACGAAUAAUAGCAGUGGUGGUAGCACAAGCAAUAACAGUGGUGGUAGCACGAGUAGCACGAGUAAUAGCAGUGCUGGUAACACGAGUAAUAGCAGUGUAGGUAGCACGAGUGAUAGCAGUGGUGGUAACACGAGUAAUAGCAGUGGAGGUAGCACGAGUGAUAGCAGUGGAGGUAGCACGAGUAAUAGCAGUGGAGGUAGCACGAGUGAUAGCAGUGGUGGUAACACGAGUAAUAGCAGUGGAGGUAGCACGAGUGAUAGCAGUGGUGGUAACACGAGUGAUAGCAGUGGAGGUAGCACGAGUAAUAGCAGUGGAGGUAGCACGAGUGAUAGUGGUGGUAACACGAGUAAUAGCAGUGGAGGUAGCACGAGUGAUAGCAGUGGAGGUAGCACGAGUGAUAGCAGUGGUGGUAACACGAGUAAUAACAGUGGAGGUAGCACGAGUGAUAGCAGUGGAGGUAGCACGAGUAAUAGCAGUGGUGGUAGCACGAGUGAUAGCAGUGGUGGUAACACGAGUAAUAGUAGUGGAGCAGUGGAGGUAGCACGAGUAAUAGCAGUGGUGGUAGCACGAGUAAUAGCAGUGGAGGUAGCACGAGUGAUAGCAGUGGUGGUAACACGAGUAAUAGCAGUGGAGGUAGCACGAGUAAGUGGUGGUAACACGAGUAAUAGCAGUGGAGGUAGCACGAGUGAUAGCAGUGGUGGUAACACGAGUAAUAGCAGUGGAGGUAGCACGAGUGAUAGCAGUGGAGGUAGCACGAGUAAUAGCAGUGGAGGUAGCACGAGUGAUAGCAGUGGUGGUAACACGAGUAAUAGCAGUGGAGGUAGCACGAGUGAUAGCAGUGGUGGUAACACUAGUAAUAACAGUGGAGGUAGCACGAGUGAUAGCAGUGGUGGUAACACGAGUAAUAACAGUGGAGGUAGCACGAGUGAUAGCAGUGUAGGUAGCACGAGUAAUAGCAGUGGUGGUAGCACGAGUGAUAGCAGUGGUGGUAACACCACGAGUAAUAGCAGUGGAGGUAGCACGAGUGAUAGCAGUGGUGGUAGCACGAGUAAUAGCAGUGGAGGUAGCACGAGUGAUAGCAGUGGAGGUAGCACGAGUGAUAGCAGUGGUGGUGCUGUAGUGACUCAGCAGAGCAGACGAAAGUAUAUUAAAGUUUUUGUUCAAUGUCUUAAUAUUUAG